AUGGAGCACCUCUUGUCUGUCUCGUUUGAUCACCUGGCCUCGUUUGACGGCCCCAAGAUCAAGAAGGGCCUUCGACAGAUCGAUGGCCUCCUGGCCCAGGUCUGCCUGUCUGCCCAUGACGCAGCUGCCAAGAAGAGAAAGGUCUCCACCAACGGGAGCCACUCGCCAAAUGAGCACCAGUCCCGGUCCCGAUACUCCCUGUCGGACCUGAGCGGUGAUGCUGCCUUCAGAGAGUUCUUCAAGCUCCAGGACGGGUUUCAGUGGAACAUUGCCACCCGACUGGUCCAGACCCUCGACAAGCUGUACGCAAAGAGCGAUGAUGGAUCUCUGGACAUGCUGAUUGUCAGCGCACUGGACAGCCUCCAGGGUGUGCUGCUGCUGCAUCCACCCAGCAGGGUUCUCUUCUCCAGGGUUCAGAACAUGAAUCUGCUUCUCGAUCUCCUCGAGCCUAUCAACUGCCCCGCCAUCCAGUCUGCCACCCUGUUGGUCCUCGUCGUCGCCUUACUCGAGACCCCUGCCAACACCCGCACCUUUGAGCAGCUCGACGGCCUGCUCACCGUCUCGUCCAUCUUCAAGUCUCGCUCCACCGCCCGCGACGUCAAGUUCAAGACCAUGGAGUUCCUUUACUUCUACCUCAUGCCCGAGACCCCCAAAGCCGUCGCUGACAACGGCAACAACAACAUGCAGCAGCGUAGCCCACCGGGCAGGCUGGGCAAGGGCUUUGCAAGCAGGAAGAAGAACGCCGACGGUGAGGAUGUUGCCGACGAGGGCGAGACGCUGUCGACCGAGAAGAAGCAGAGGAUGCUGGGCGAGCACCUGUCGAAUGUGGACGACCUCGUCAGGGACCUACAGCAGUACACCUCUCCAUCCAGUGCGAGGUGA